GUUCUUCAAAUUUUAUUUAAAUAACGGAAAAGGAAAAAGGGUUCAAAUUGUUGCCUGGAAUGAUGACAUUGAUUUUGUGGAACAUCAUAUAAAAGUAAACACUGCACGUCCACCAAAAAUACCUCAAUUCAACAAUGGUAAUAUGCCGUAUGAGCUAUUAAUAAAAUCAAAUACAAUAAUUUCAAAUCUUGGAAAAUUUGAACCAAUGGAAAUAGUAGAUACCACACCUGAGACAAUUGAAUUAUCUGAUGUAUUAAAUGCUACAAAAAAUCGCAUUAUAUUGAGAGGAUACGUAAAGACGAAUUUUGCUGAAGUAUAUAACAACAACAUGAACAAAAUUAUUGGAUGUGGUGCAAUAACUGAUGGCACAUUCAAACUGGAAAUUCAUGUAAUAAAUUUUAGUAACGAUGAUUAUACUUUACUUGAUAUUAGAAAAGGUGAUCAUGUAGAAAUUAUUGGUAUCAUGCAAACUACAGUUAUUCCAUCAUAUUUAGUUGUCAACAAUACAGAAAAUAUAAAAAAAUCGCAGGGCACAUGCCACUCUUAA